AUGCCUUUCGUCAAGACCCAGAAGAACGACGCGUACUUCUCCCGUUUCCAGGUCAAGUACCGUCGCCGUCGUGAGGGCAAGACCGACUACUACGCGCGCAAGCGUCUCGUGGUCCAGGCGAAGAACAAGUACGCGAGCCCGAAGUACCGCUUGGUCGUCCGCAUCACCAACCGCGACGUGAUCUGCCAGGUCCUCAUGGCUAACCUCCAGGGUGACGUCGUCCUCGCCGCCGCCUACUCGCACGAGCUCCCGCGCUACGGCAUCAAGCACGGCCUCACCAACUGGGCCGCGUGCUACGCGACCGGUCUCCUCGUCGCCCGCCGUGCCCUCACCAAGCUCGGCCUCGCCGACAAGUACGAGGGCAUCACCGAGCCCUCGGGCGAGCUCGAGCUCACCGAGGCCAUCGAGGGCGAGCCGCGCCCGUUCAAGGCCUUCCUCGACGUCGGUGUCGCGCGCACCUCGACCGGUGCCCGCGUCUUUGGCGCCAUGAAGGGCGCGUCGGACGGCGGCAUCUUUGUCCCCCACUCGGAGGGCCGCUUCCCGGGCUUUGACCCCGAGUCCAAGGAGCUCGACGCCGAGGUCCUCCAGUCGUACAUCUACGGUGGCCACAUUGCCGAGUUCAUGGAGAGCCUCGAGGAGGAGGACGAGGAGCGCUUCCGCAAGCAGUUUUCGUCGUUCCUCGAGGACGACAUCUCGUCCGAGGACAUCGAGGACAUGUACCGCGAGGCGCACGAGAAGAUCCGCGAGGACCCCUCGUACACCAAGACGGACAAGGCCGACCUCGCCUCGUGGAAGGAGGCGUCCAAGAAGACGCACCCGAAGAAGCUCUCGCUCCAGGAGCGCCGCGAGCGCGUCGAGGCCAAGAAGGCCGAGUGGCUCGCGUCGCGCGAGUAA